AUGUCGAACCGAAUUGAGAGAGAAACAGGCCAUCAACCACGGAACAACAAACAAAACGUUCCAACGAAACGCAAGACCAUCAUCUUGAUCGAUUUUUUGAGUUCAAAUUGCAAUAAAGCUGAUGAAACUCAGGGAUUGGAAAUGCUUCUGCUGAAAAAGAAAUUCUUAUUGCAACUAUUGGGAAAAACGAAAUGGCUUUUAAAUCGGGAAUUGAAAUAUCAACAUUUCUUUCCUGUUGAGUUUAUGAAUGAUCCUGAAUUUGUGUGGAAUCACAUCAAAAAGUAUGGAUAUGGAUUGAAAUUUGCAUCUACACAAUUAAAAAAAGAUCGAGAUUUUGUAUUGAAAGUGGUUCAACAAAAAGGGUUAGAGUUACAAUAUUCAGAUGACGAUAUUCGCAACGAUAAAGAAGUGGUAUUGGCUGCCGCAAAGGAAACCGGUGUAUCAUUUGGACAUGCUUCAAUAGAACUUCGAUAUUGCAAGGAAUUUGUGUUGGAAGUUGUGAGACAGAAUGGAAUGGCUCUUUUGUGGGCUUUUAAAUUUCGCAAUGACCAAGAAGUUGUGCUCACUGCUGUCAAACAAAAUGGAACUGUAUUGCGAUAUGUCAUCUUCGACAGCUCAAGAAAUUCAAAUUGGUAUGAAACCAUUGCAUUAGAAGCAAUCAAACAAAAUAAGAAGGCACUUCGAUAUGUACCCAAAGAUUUACUUCAAGAUCGUGAUUUCAUGCUUCAAGCUCUCAAAUUAAUAUUUCCAGAAGAGUUUGAAACCUCAGUCUCUUUUGAUUAUUCAUCGAAAGAAAUCAUGAUGAAGAUCAUUCAAGAAUUGGGAUUUUUACUUGAAUUUGUGUCGAAUGAACUCAAACGUGAUCGAGAAAUUGUUUUGAGUGCAGUUAGAAGUGAUGGUCGUUCGUUGAAAUAUGCAUCUAAUGACUUGAAGAACGACAAAGAAAUUGCAUUACUUGCUGUUCAACAAGAUGGUUGGGCGUUGGCAUUUGUGUCUUCAGAUUUGAAGGGAGACAAACAACUGGUGUUGGCUGCUGUAAAUCAACAGGGACAUGCUCUUGAAUAUGCGUCAGAAGAGUUGAAGAACGAUCGGGAAGUGGUCUUGAGUGCAGUAGCUCAAGAUGGAUAUUCAUUGCGUUAUUCUUCCAAUGAGAUGAAGAAAGACAGACAAGUGGUUUUGACAGCUGUAAAACAAAGUUGUGUAGCCAUGGGGAAUGCCGACGAUGAAUUGAAAAACGACGAAGAAAUUUGGUUCGAAGCCAUCAAACAAGAUUUAUCUUGUUUUCGGAAUGUUUCAACGAAAUUAUUAUGUGACAAACCAUUCUUGUUGAAGGCAGCAAAAUUCUGUGGUAACACACUUCUACGAUACACACCCAAAGAAAUUACAGAUGAUCAUGAAUUUAUGGUGAAACUUCGAGAAGAAAUCAAAAGAUCUGGAUUUGUUUCAGAGUAUAAUGAGCAAUUAUAUCAUGAAAGAAUGGAAUACCUUUAUUAUGGAGUUUAUUUGGGAACAAUUCGAAAUCACUAA